AUGGCUUCCAGCGCGGCUACACUCUCUUCAUAUCUCUCUGGGGGGCCCCCUCAAACCCCUUCCCCCCCGGAACAAAUUCUACCUUCGGGGGCCCCCCAAGGGGCCCCCCAGGGGGCCCCUCAGGGGGCCCCCCAGGGGGGCCCCCAAGGGGCCCCUCAAGAGACCUCUCAGGGGGUAUCUGAGGGGGUUGCUGAGGAGGGGGCCCCUAGGGGGGCCCCCAGGGGGCCCCCCGGGAGUGUGGCUGUUAGGGGGAGGAAGAAGCGGGAGCAGAGAGAGGCAGCUUCUUCAGCAGCUGCAGCAGCAGCUGCUGCUACACCACCGCAGCAGCAGCAGCAGCAGCAGCAGCAGGAGGGGGCCCCUGUUUUGCGUCGUCGGACUCGCAGCUCAGCAGCAGCAGGGGGGAGAGGGGGCCCCCACAGGGGGCUUGAGGGGGGGCCCCUCUCUCCCCUCCUCUCUAAGAAGACAUCUCUUUGGGGGCCCCUAGAUGGGGGGCCCCCCUCCCUUACAAGAAAAGCAAAAAAACUGCAGCAGCAGCAGCAGCAGCAGCAGCAGGAGCAGGAGCAGCAGGGCCCCCCCCUCCUUGAGUCGCCAGAAGGGGGGCCCCCCGACAGGCAUUCGGAGGGGCCCCCGGGGGCCCCCCACACCGAGGAGGAAACUGAGGGGGCCCCUGCUGCUGCAGCAGCAAGCGCAGGGAGAAGGCAACGCAGCAGCAAGCGAGCAGCAGAAGGAAGAGAAGAGAAAAACAAACAGAAAAACAAAAUACAAAAAGAAAAAAAACAAACACUGAAAAGGGGGCCCCCAAGUAAUAGCAGCAGCAACAACAGCAGCAGCAGCAGCAGCAGCAGCAGCAAGAAAAGCCGCACACAAACGCAUGCAGAAAGGCAACAGCUCCUCCACAAAAGCAUGCAACAACAACAGCAGCAGCAGCAGCAGCAGCAACAGCAGAAGCAGCAGCAGCAGCAGCAGCAGCAGCAGCAGCAGAUUGAGACAGAAGCGGAGAAGUCAACCCCGGCAACAGCAGCAACAGACGCUUCUAUCGAGCCGUUGCUACCAGCACAGGCUUCAGCUCUUGCUGCUGCUGCUGCUGCUGCUCCUGCUGCUGCUGCUGCUCUCCUCCACAAAAGCAUGCAACAACAACAGCAGCAGCAGCAGCAGCAGCAACAGCAGAAGCAGCAGCAAAGCGAGCAACCGACCCGUGCGGUGAGGAGGAAUCUAGUCAGUUGCCAGCAGCAACAGCAGCAGCAACAGCAGCAGCAGCAACAGCAGCAGCAGCAGACGAAGCAGCAGGAGAAACAGGACAAGCAGCCACCCUCAAUGAGGAGGCAAACAAUACACCAGCUCAAACAGCAGCAGAUGCAGCAGCAGCAGAUGCAGCAGCAGCAGAUACAGCAGCACCAGGCGCAGCAGCAGCAGAUGCAGCAGCAGAUGCAGCAGCAGAUGCACCAGAAGCAGCAGCAGCAGGAGCAGCAGGAACUGCAACAGGGGCAGCAGCAGCAGCAUCGGAAUCAGCGACAGCAAGCCCAAAGGCAGCAGCAGCAGAACCCGAGCGAGAUGUUGCUACUGCUGCAGGUCCAGCAGCAGCAGCAACAGAAGCAGCAGCAGCAGCAGCAGCAGCUGCUGCUGCUGCUGCUGAGGCUGCAGCAAACGAGCAGAAAGCUGCCAGGAGGAGGAGUCUUAUUGCUGCGCUGCGGGCGGCCUUCCCCCACUGCCCCUUUGCUUCGCUCAACUCUCCUGACUAAUGAUAAGGGAACACCGGCGCAUGCAGAGAAUGCUUCGGAGCCCUUGCACACUGCUGCUGCUCCUGCUGCUGCUGCUGCUGCUCGCCGCUCCUCCAGACAGCAGCAGCAGCAGCAGCAACAGCAGCAGCAGCAGCAGUUCAGGCAGCAGCUGCAGCAGCAGGAGCUGCUGCAGACGCCUAGCACAAAAGCUGCUCCCUCCUUCAAUACGUGGCCGUCUGCUGCUGCUGGUAGAGGGUCUGUAAGGCUGGCAGCAGCAGCAGCAGCAGCAGCAGAAGCAGGUGCAGCAGCAGCAGUAGCAGGUGCUGCAGCAGCAGAAACAGGCGCUGCAGCAGCAGAAGCAGGUGCAGCAGCAGCAGAAGUAGGUGCAGCAGCAGCAGACGAGCAGGAGUAUCUUGUUGCUGCUGAGCAGCAGGGCGUCCAUAGCAGCAGCAGCAGCAGCAGCAGCAGCAGCAGACCUGAAGCAAUUGGCAGCAGCAGAAGCAGCAGCUACAGCAGCAUCAAUCGCAGAGCAAGCAGCAGCAGCAUGAUGCCUCCGGCAAGAACAGUUCAGAGCAGCAGCAGCAGCAGCAGCAGCAACAGCAGCAAUAACAGCAGCAUCCGCAAUAGCAGCAGCAGCAGCGACAGCAGCAACGGCAGCAGGACCAGCAGCAGCCGCAGCAGCAGCAGAAGGUGCCUAUUAAGGAGAACCCACAGCACAAGCAGCAACAGCAGCAGCAACCACAACAGCAGCAGCAGCACCAACAGCAGCAGGAACAGCAGCAGCAACGGCAGCAGCAAACUCAACAUUCAAUCUUUCCUGCGUCGGCUGCCUCUAGACAGAACCAAGGGGCCCCUUGCUGCUCUACGGGGGCCCCCAAGGGGGGCCCCCAGGGGGGCCCCCACGGGGGCCCCCAGGGGGCCCCCCAGGGGGCCCCUCAGUACCCUAAAAUCAUCUGUUGAGAUUCAGCGGCUCCUCAGCGCCUUGUCAAGCUCAGAUGAGGCCUCACAAAGAGAUGCUGCUGCUGCUGCUGCUGCUGCUGCUGCUGCUGAUGUGGACGAGGCUGCUGCUGCUGCUGUAGAUUCGCCUGCUGCUGCUGCUGCUGCUGCUGCUUCUCUUGCUGCUGCUUGGGAGAAAAGAAGAUGCAGCAAUAAGACGGCUCCUUAUACGCAGCAGCCGCAGGACCCUAUUCGCCUGCUGCUGCAGCAGCAGCAACAGCAGUGGGCCCUUCACAAACUGCAAAAACGGCGACUCCAACCCCUGCUGCUGCAGCAGCAGCAGCAGAAGCUAAAGGAUGAGCAGCAGCAGCACUACCUGCAGCAAGACGCGCAGCAGCAGCAAGUGUGGAAGCGAGGAUAUGAUAGCAGCAACAGCAGCAGCAGCAGCAACAGCAGAAGCAGCAGCGGCAGUAGCAGCAGCAGCAGCACCAGCAGCAAAAGCAGCAGCAGCAGAAGCAGAAGAGGCCUGAAGAGACAGCAGGCACACAUACGGCUUCUUGCUGCCGCCUUGAGAGGGAGCAGGAGGAGCAGCGCAGAGCAACUGCAGCAGCAGCAGCAGCAGCAGCGAAAGCAAAAGCAGCAGCAGCAGCAGCAGCAAAAGCAGCAACAGCAGCAGUGGCAGUCCCGGCAGAACAGGUCGUAUACAAAAUUCCUAGGAAGCACUCAGCUGCAGCAGAAGCAGCAGCAGCAGCAACAAGAGCAGCAACAGCAGCAGCAGCAGCAGCAGUUGCUGCUGCAGCAACGACCUGCUGAGGGUUCGCCGUAUCAACAGAGGAAGCUCUUAGACUUGGCGCGGGCUUCGUUCAUCAAGCAGCAGCAGCAGCAGCAGCAGCAGCAGCAGCAAAAGCAGCGGCAGCUGAUGCAGCAGCAGGAAGAAGAGUGGGGCGAGUCUGACGCUGCUGCUGCUGCAGGUGUUUAUGAAGGUACUGCUGCUGCUGCUGCUGCGAUGUCAGAUUUGGAAGCAGCAGAAGCAGCAGCAGCAGCAGAAACAGCAGCAACAGCAGCAGCAGCAGAAGCAGCAGAUGGAGAUGUAAUAACAGCAAUACCAGCGGCAGCAACAGCAGCAGCAGCACAAGAUGCAGCAAAUCACUUUCGUGCUGCUGCUUCUCACAAUUUCGUUGCUGCUGCUGCCGCCUCUGCGGCUACUUAUCGAGAGCUGCAGCAGCAGCAGCUGCAGCAGCAGCAGCAGCUGCAGCAGCAGCGGAUGCGGCGACAGCGAGAUGGGCGAUUGCUGUUACUGCAGCAGCAGCAGGUUGAACAUGAGCAGCGCCAACAGCAGCAGCAGCAGCAGCAGCAGCAGAAGCAGCAGCGCGUGGCUGCUUCUUCUUGCUGCUCCUUUGCUGCUUCCUCUUGCAUCUCUUCUGCUCCUCCUUGUGUUUCUUUCUCUCUGCUGCAGCAGCAGCUGGGGGCCCCUACACCCCCUCAGGGGCCCCCCACUUCUCUGCUGCUGCCGAGCCGCCGCAGGCGUCGUUCAACCAGCAGCAGCAGCAGCAGCAGCAGCAGCAGCAGGAGCAGCAGCAGCAGCAGUGAGGAUCACAGGAGACGUAGGAAUCGCCGCAUGUGCAGCAGCAGCAGCAGCAGAAAGCAGCAGAUGAAACGGCAGCAAACUCAAAGGCUUAGGGGGGCAUUAGCAGCAGAAGGAUCUAUCAGCAGCAGCAGCAGCAGCAGCAGCAGCAGCAGCAGCAGCAGAUUCUCCGUGUGCCGCGAGGUGGUGAGGGGUCUAUGCGAAGAUGUUAUGAAGGAGGUGCUGCCAGGGCUGCUGCAGCAGGCAGCAACUGCUGCUGCUACUGCUGCUGCUGCUGCUGCUGUUGCUGCUCUCGCCUCCACGCGCACUCAGGGAGCCGAGCCUGCAGCAGCGACUGCAGCAGCCGGUGGUGCAGCAACUGUAGCAACAGCAGCAGCUGCUGCUGCUGCAGCAGCAGCAGCAGCAGCAACGCAGCAGGCAACAAGCGGUGCUGCUGCUGCACCGCUCGAGAUGCCAAGAAGUGAUCAGUAUCUGACACAUGAACUGCAGCAGCAGCAACUGCAGCAGCAGCGACUGCAGCAGCAGCAACUGCAGCAGCAGCAACUGCAGCAGAAGCAGCUGCGGCAGCAGCAACUGCAGCGGCAGCGCCUGCAGCAGCAGCGUCUGCAGCGGCAGCACUUACAGCAGCGGCAGAAGCAGCAGGACGAGCAGCAAGAGGAGCAGCAGCAGCUGUUUGUGCAGCAGCAGCAGCAGCAGCAUCAUUCUGUCCGAAGACGAGUCGCCGGCUCUGCCUCGCGGCCGCUAUCCCCCGUAGUCAUUCU